AUGCUGCGAGGGGCCCGGGCCCUGGCUCCGGCCGCUGGACUACCCCCAAAGGGACUGCCCGCGAUGAGCCCCACCGAGCUGUGGCCGCCCGGACUCGGCAGCCCACAGCUCUGUCCGGCCACCACCACCUACUACACCUCGCUGUACCCGCAGACGGUGCCUCCCGCCGCGGCGCCGGGCACCUGCCUCGACGCCACCCCUCACGGACCAGAGGGCCAAGCUGUGCGAUGCGUGCCCGCAGGCCGGCUGCCGGCCAAGAGGAAGCUGGACCUAGAGGGGAUCGGGCGGCCUGCAGUUCCUGAAUUCCGGACUCCCAAGGGGAAGUGCAUCAGAGUGGAUGGCCUCCCCAGCCCCAAAACCCCCAAGUCCCCUGGAGAGAAGACACGGUAUGACACGUCACUGGGGCUGCUCACCAAGAAGUUCAUUUACCUCCUGAGCGAGUCCGAGGAUGGGGUCCUGGACCUGAACUGGGCCGCGGAGGUGCUGGACGUGCAGAAGCGGCGCAUCUAUGACAUCACCAACGUGCUGGAGGGCAUCCAGCUCAUCCGCAAGAAGGCCAAGAACAACAUCCAGUGGGUAGGCAGGGGAGUGCUUGAAGAUCCCUCCCGGCCUGGGAAGCAGCAGCAGCUAGGACAGGAGCUGAAGGAGCUGAUGAGCAUGGAGCAGGCCUUGGACCAGCUCAUCCAGAGCUGCUCUGUGAACUUUAAGCACCUGACUGAGGACAAGACCAACAAGAGACUGGCCUAUGUGACUUACCAGGACCUCCGGGCUGUUGGCAGCUUUAAGGAACAGACGGUAAUUGCCGUCAAAGCCCCUCCGCAGACGAGACUGGAAGUGCCUGAUAGGAGCGAGGAGAAUCUACAGAUAUAUCUAAAGAGUACCCAAGGACCCAUCGAAGUCUACUUGUGUCCGGAGGAAGUGCAAGAGCCAGACAGCCCUGCCAAGGAGCCACUGCCUUCCACCUCCACCCUUGACCCCAGCCCUGACUCUGCCCAGCCAAGCAACGGUACCAGCCCUGAGAUCGUGGAACCUGAAGCAUCCUCAGUGCCAGCGAUGACUCCCCAGCAGGUCCCGCAGCCACCCCUUGUCCCCCUGGAGGCCACUGACAGCAUGUUGGAGCUGCCACAUCCACUUCUGCAGCAGACUGAGGACCAGUUCCUGUCCCCAACGCUGGAAUGCAGCUCCCCACUCAUCAGCUUCUCCCCACCCUUGGAUCAGGACGACUACCUGUGGGGCCUGGAUGGGGGCGAGGGCAUCAGUGACCUCUUCGACUCCUAUGACCUUGGGGACCUGUUGAUUAAUUGAGUGGCCCUGCCUACCCUAGCAGCCCUGCCCCUAUCUCUACCUCCUCACGGACAGACUGACAAGACCUCUGCCCAUACAGGGACAUGGACACAAGGUGCUGCCCUAGGGUGUGAGGGUCUCCUCUCCUUCCCCACCCCCUGGCUGGCAGAAGCUGUCUUGGGGGACUUGGGGGAUAUAGGUGAGGAGUGUAUCAGGGGUUGGGUCCUGUCUUUCCUAAUGGGAGCUGGGCUUGGGGGAGGCUCAUCUAGUCUUCUGACCUCUGACCUCUUACGUGAAGGGCCACAGGUGAGACAAACAGGUCUAGGAAAAGGCCCUGCCAGUUCCUUUUGAGGGGUAGUUAGGACCCUCAAUUUAUCAAGAUGCACUUAAUGCCUUUGUAUUUAUUUCAGGUUGAGUUUUGUCUUCCUGAGUUUUAGCAGGGAGACAGUUCUAGUUCUAGCAAGACUUCUCCUCAGACAGGCCCAGCACUGUCCACAGUCCUAGGGCUGGCCCUGGCUUCCAGAGCCCCGGGCCAGCUCCCAGAUUUCCCCUCAGCAGUGAGGGGCUAGGUCUCUGAGGGGCCAUCUAGUCUGCCAGAGCGCUAAUUGCACUUAGGCCUCGAAAUUCUAGUAAGUGGUGGUUGCAGGCCCUUUGACCUCCUCCUCUCAGCCAGAUAUCUCCAGCUGCGGUGUUAGCCUUGGAUUCUAGGUCUUCUCUGUCCAGGAAAUGGUUCCUGGGAGCCAUCCAAGGGCAGGGGGCAUCAAGGCUCCUGAGGAGUCUCUGGGGCUGAGAGAGCAGCCACUUAAGGAGUCCUCUUCCUGCGGAAUUCCUUACCUCUCCCUCCCCUGAGAAUGUAAAAAUGAUCCUCUGGGGAGUCAGCAGAGAGUGCUCCUGAGGAGAACCCAGACAGGAAUGUGGAGGCAGUUGUACUGGCUGCUUUGGGCAGCUCUCCUCAGAGUUUUUGUCUUGCCCUAGUACAGGGGCUGUUUUACACCAGGGACCUGGGAGACAGAGGCAGCUCCACCAUAGAGAAGGGAGAGGGUAGGAUGAGGCGUUCUGGUGAAAGUAACUUUGCCUGAAAACAUUCCCUCUGGUAGCUGCUGGUAUUGUCCCCCAACACCCUUCCCUGAGAGGAUGUUUUUUUGCCACGUUUGUUGAAGAGGGUGAUUCUUUAAUGAUUUCCACCCACUUGGUUUUCACACAGACCCCUAAGGGCAGAGGUGACCAGAGCUUGGUGGUGUGUUGGCUCCUCUGUUUGUAUCACAGGAAUAACGAGGGCGUGUCAGGAAGGGGUCUUCACUGCAGACCAGGCCUCGGCAGCUACUGGGGAGGUGGGCUCAUGUUACCCCCUCAGGCUUAGAGUCUCGAGAGUGUUUUUUGGCUUCAUCUUAUCCCUCAAAGGCUUGACUGUCCUGCACUGUCUCCCCCGACACCCAGCCUGGGAUGCAGGUGCUUUGGGCUGAAGCCAGGCCAUGCCUUCUGGAGAGAGGCAGCCAGGAGUGGUGGUCUGAGAGCCCACCCCCACCUACCCUCAGGGAGCUAGAUUUCCUCAGGGCUUCAGCUGGGCAGCACUUUCUUGAAAGUUUGUAGCAUUAAGUUGGUUUAAAAUGUGAAAUUGGCCUUCUUCUUGACUGCUCCUAAGCUGACUUACUGGCACCUAAAGUUUGGCGUAUGGGCUUGUUUGGGACUGGGAUCCUAUGUGAGCUAAUGCCCAGCUGGGGACAAUUGUGCCUUGUCAUUUGCUCAACUUCCUGGGCUCACAAGUCAGCCCCCAGCCCAGGAAAGGUCAGCAGGUCACAGAUACCCCUACUCCAAGCAGGGCUCAUUUUUUGUGCUUUAAAGAAAUACCUUUGGUUUUCCCUCCUCGGAUACUCACAGGGGUCUCAUCAGAAGCCCAGCUUGAGCUCCAGCAUGCCCAGGGCCAAAGGACCACCUGGGCACCUGUAUCAGGGCAGGGGUGGGAUGCUCUGUGGGAUCUGGUUCAGGACAAGUGGAGCUGGAGAUCACGUUGCCAUUCUGAGGUCUUUGCUGAGCUGCCAUUUGAUCAGUUCCCCAAGGACAGAGAUGCUUGACUUCCUUGCCUUGGGCUCCGUCUAAGCUACCUCCUAGGACUGAAUUAGAGAAAAGGAAGAAGGGGCCUGCAAGAUGCAACAGGAAUGAGUUUAAUGCUGAGAUCUGGCCGGAUUUAAAGCUCAUUCCCCAAAUGCCCAGCCUUAGGGAUGGACAUAGGGGCUGCCCCUUGGGUCCAUGGCCUGUAUCCUGAGCAGCUGCCCCAGCUCCAUCCUGUGUCACCCCUCCAUACCCUGCCUGGACGAGUGGCUGGACCACCCAGGCCAAGCCUCAGGCUUGGUGUGAGAAACAAGCUCAUGCCUCUUUUCUUGCCAGUGACACUUGAAACCCCCCAAUUCCAUAGAGUGCUUUAAGAAAGCCAUUUCAUGCAGUAUUUCUUUUAGGGCCAGGUAAGCUUUAAAACUAGGGCAGAAGAAAAGCCAGUUUGUUCCCGAGGUACGUGAUUUCUGCCAGGAAAUUUCCUUGCCCCACCAGCAGCCCAAGUCACCCGUGUCCCCAGGACCAUCAAAGACUGGCACUCCAGGGAACCCAGUAGCAUUAAGUAGUCUAGUAGAGUUGGAGCUUCAAAGAAGUUUCUUAAAAACAGGGACAUGUUCCUGAGUCCCUUGCUGUUAAAGGCGCUAGAAUGAUAGAUGGGAACAGUGUCCCUUCUCCGCGGGAAUGUGGCAGUCGGGUAGUGUGGCUGCAGGGAGAAGAGGGAGAUGGUGAAGCUUAUAAAACUGGCUUUAGGAUGGCUUUGACUUUAUUUUCCCUCCUGAAGUGUUCUCAGCCUCCAGUUCUGCACAGCGUUUAGAGUUUUUAGCGAGAGUUUGGGUUUUCCUAGCAUCCGAGCGUUGUGUGGCUUAGCGUGUUUGAAGUGAAAGCCUCUUGGGGUUGCUGGGGAGUAGCUUUCUGGUUCUUAUUAUUGUGUCCUGAGGUCCCUACCUCAUCCCGGGACCCCGUUCUCCCAGAGGAUCCUUCUUAACCAUGGUGAUCACAAGCCCCCCAGCCUGCUGGCUCCUGGGUGAGAUGAGGAAGCCUUGUAUACGGUACAUUUGUCUUGAGGGUGAGUGGGGCCCGAGGGCACCUGGUCCCUGUGCUGAGACUCCACACUGAUCAUCGCCCUCCAUUGUGGUUUCAUCCUGGGUCCUGCUGUGAUGAGCACCAGGUAAGCCUCCUUGAGUUGUGAUGAUUGGGCAUUAAAUGGCAACUCUGGGCACCGUGUCUUUGUUGUGCUUUCUGAACUUGUUACCAGCUAUAGGUCUUGUUGUUGUUAGGUGCUGUCAGGUCAGUUCUGACUCAUAGCGACCCUAUAGGUCUGGUUCCCCCAAAAUGGCCUCCCUUUCCUGACACUGACUUAUUACCAUGCGUAAAA